CGCGGUUGAGCUCGAGGUGGCAGUGGUGGACUGUGAGCUGUCAGUGAGGUUAAGAAAACAUUUCUGUUGUGGUAAUGGGAGACUGAGUACUGAUUCAUGUCGAUAGUUUAAACGUUAAACUGAACCCUGGAAGAAGCCGCGUCGGUUAGAGCGCUCAGAGCUUAGGCGCGUGAACUUUAGCUGUCACAGUCAGCGGCGCGUGAAGGAGCGGUUAAACCAUCAUCAGGAAGAAAAAGACGCGUCACCGCCCGCUCAGCGCUCUCUCUCGGCAGGGGACGACAGAACACGGUCCGCGGCCAUGGCUGCCCUCGGUAACUCGGGGACUGUUACGUCCAGUCCGAUGGUGGUCCUGGCGCCCAAGACGAAGACGAAGAAGAAGCACUUUGUUCAGCAGAAGGUGAAGGUGUUUCGAGCCAGCGAGCCCAUCGUGAGCGUGUUCAUCUGGGGCGUGAAUCACUCGAUCAAUGAUCUCAGCCAGGUUCCUGUUCCUGUCAUGCUCCUGCCUGAUGACUUCAAAGCCAACACUAAGGUCAAAGUCAACAAUCACCUCUUCAACAAAGAAAACCUUCCCGGACAUUUUAAGUUUAAAGAAUACUGUCCUCAGGUCUUCCGAAAUUUAAGAGAACGUUUUGGUAUUGAGGAUCUGGACUAUCAGGUGUCUUUAACCCGCAGCCCCCCGGUGAGAAGUGCAGAUGAUCAGGGAGAGAGUCUCCUCCUCAACUCCUACGAUCGAACUCUUGUCAUCAAGCAGAUCUCCAGCGAAGACGUUGCAGACAUGCACAACAUUCUGUCAGAGUAUCACCAGCACAUCGUGAAGUGCCACGGCAGCACGCUGCUGCCUCAGUUCCUGGGAAUGUACCGGGUAAGCGUCGACAGCGAGGAGGCGUACCUCAUCGUCAUGAGGAACAUGUUCAGUCAUAGGCUGGUGGUUCACAGGAAGUAUGACCUGAAGGGCUCUCUGGUUGAUCGUGAAGCAAGUGACAAAGAAAGGGAAAAAGAGCUUCCAACCUUUAAGGACAUGGACUUCAGGAACAACCUGCAGAAGGUUUACGUUACAGACGAGGAGAAGGAGAAGUUCAUGGAGAAACUCAACAAAGAUGUUGAGUUCCUGGUGAAGCUGAAGAUCAUGGACUACAGCCUGUUGCUCGGAAUCCAUGACAUCGGCCGAACCGAGCGGGAGGAGGAGGAGAGCGGGGAGGUGUCCAACGAGGAGGAAGCCGAGUCGGAGAACGGGCUGGCUCCGGGCCCCGCCGUAGGUUCCUAUGGAACGUCUCCUGAAGGGAUCGCUGGUUACAUGUCGUCCUGCAAGCCUCUGGGGCCGGGCGAGUUCGACCCCUACGUGGAUGUUUACGCCCUCCGGAGCUGCCCAGGCGCCCCGCAGAGGGAGGUCUACUUCAUGGGCCUGAUAGACGUUCUCACACAAUACGACACCAAGAAGAAAGCCGCUCACGCCGCAAAAACGGUCAAACACGGGGCCGGGGCUGAAAUCUCCACGGUCCAUCCUGAGCAGUACGCUAAACGCUUUCGGGAUUUCAUCUCGAAGAUUUUCGCGUAAGCCUCCGCCUGCGGACGCUGCCAGAAGUCAUUCCAGCCUUCAACUGUAGAUCAACACUAGUAUGCACACAUGGAUCAAUAUUUAAAUUAGGUGACGAGUCAAAACUUGUAGCAUUAUGAUGCAUAUAUUUAUUUUGAAGAUAUAUGUAUAUAUAUAUAUAUUUCUUUAGGUAUUGAACACUGUUGGGAACAGUAGUGUGUGUGGGGAGUGGGAGCACUUUUGAUCAUGAACUGAUGGGGAUUUUAUUUUUGAUUUUUGUUUUUUUUUUCAUUUUGGUUUUCAAACAUUAAACUACCGUAUUUUCCAGAUCAUAGAGCCCACCUCACUAUAAGCCGCAUUUACAAAGUUUUUUUUUAAAAACUGGAAACGUACAUAUAUAAGCCGCACUGACUAUAAGCCGCUGGUAUCUCCGCCACUCUAGGUUUUCCACAAGGAUGCAGCAGAGGGCAGCGUCCUGAAUACAUCUGCUAUUAAGGACGCAGCCCUGCAUCUCCAAUGCCGAACCAUGGAUUCGUUCAUGCCGAACUUAAUACGUGCAGCGGCUGUCGAUCUGUACUGCCAGAUCAAAAGCCUUCAACUUAAAAGCUGCAUCAAAU